UAUCAGCAAUAAUAUUGGAAACAUAGAUGAUUGCAGGCAUACUGAAGCAGACAUUGUCUUUCUCCUGGACGCUUCCUCUAGUAUGAGGCCGGCUGGUUUUUCAGACGUCCUUCAUUUUGUGAAUAAACUUGUUGGAAAGUUUACUAUAAGCAGAUCAAACGUACAAGUCGGCGUAGUAACUUUCUCCAGCACUCCUCACCUUGAAUUUGAUCUGACCAGAUAUUUAGACGAUCAUCGUUUACAUGACGCGAUUCAUCAUAUCAGCUUCACCGCACAUGGGACGGACACAUUACCUGCUCUUAAAUAUGUUGAAAGCUCCAGUUUUGAACACGGCCGAGGAGCCAGACCAGAUGCCAGUCAUAUUGUAAUCCUUAUAACUGACGGGGUGGUUAUACAUUCCUCCCAUUAUCCAUCUCAUCAAUCCGGGCAUGUUACUCCUAGUAGCCACCACGGGCAUCUUACCCACAGCAGCCACGUUCAAGAAGGUCCAGCUGAAUUAGACCACAUCAUCGGUUUGAUGAAAACAAAAGGGAUGGAUGUUAUAGCCAUUGGUGUGAACGUGCAUAACAGUAAUUUAUUGAGGAGGAUAGCAAGGGACUUCUCUAACUACUUUACCGUCUCGAAUUCUUCAGAGCUUACCCACAGGACGAAUGCUGUAGCUCAAAGAAUCUGUGCAGGGACGCGACAAAGAAAGAUAACAACUACCCAAGUUCCGUCCACAACAAAAACCACUCAUAUCUCUACUACAAGAACCGUAAGCACAACCCCUAGUACAACUUACAAAGUAUCAACCCCCAGUACAACUCAUCAAGUAACAACCUCCAGUACAACACACAAAGUAACAACCCCCAGUACAACACACAAAGAUCUUAGCUGUGUGGACAAGGUAGACAACUGUUAUCAGUUUGAGACUUAUUAUUGCAUGCCACCGUAUGAUACAUGGGCUAGGGCGAACUGUCCGGCAUACUGCGGAUACUGUAAUGAUAAUCUAAGGUAA